ACCCCAUCUUCAUCUUCCAACCCUUCUUUUUCUCCCUUCUCGUCCCUCUCUAUCCUCUAAUGCCUCUUCAUUUUGCAACGCAUCCAGCAUUGAUCGUCCCUUAUUGCUCCGGUCAUCCCUUACCACACCGAUCAACACAUGAUCGCCAAAAGGAAAAUGGAAUCCGAAUCACCAAACCUCUCCUUUUUCCCCAAACCUCCUCUCUAAUGGAACCCAAAUCUGGUUCCUUGCACAAUAAUAAUGGCUAAUAAAUUUGAUUAAAAAAAUCAAUUACAUUGCAAACUUAUACCAGAUCUGUAAAGAUUCAAAAAAUCAAUCAUACUGCAAACUUAUACCAAAUCUGUAAGAAAAGGAAAAUGCAAAAGACACAAAAAUAUCUCUUCAAUCAACACCAACAGUAGCUAGAUCUUCAAAUUCAAGCAAGCAGAAGCCACACAAGAAAUAGAAGAACAAAGAAACAGAAGAAAAAAAGAAGAAAAAAAGAAGAAAAAGAAAAUGAGAAGGGGAAAAGAACCCGCGCCUAGGUUUCAUCGAAUCCAGGCAUUGGGUUCAAAGGAACCAAGGUGCUGGGUUCCAUUUGGAACCAAGGCAAAAAAAUUCUGCUAUUUUACUGCUGUUUUGCCCAUGAAUUUGCUGCUGUUUUACCUAGAAAAUCCCUGCUGUUCUAUCCUAAAACAAUAUCUGAUUUCCGCUCCUAUUAUCCAUUUCUGUUGCCUUGGUUCUAAUUUGUUUAGCUUUUGAAAAAUAUAUAUAAAUAUCUGCUACUUGAAAACAUGUAUUGUUGCUCAUUUUUAUGCUGUAAUAGCAGCACUUGUUCACGUGAUUUUCUGCACUUAAAUCAUGCACAAGUUGUCCAGAUUUUAAGUUCGUUUAGCUACAACAAUUCUUGCUUAAAGGCUGUCCAUUUCUACCCAGUUUUAACCCGUUUUCUGUAUUGUUUCUGCUGUUUUGCCAAAAAUUCUGCUAGUGUCUAGUAUAGUUUUGGUUUUGGUUUUUCACAUUUUUUUUUUUACUUGGUUUUGCCUAGCAAAUUUGCUUGGUAAAUCUGCCUUUGUAGUGUCCUUUUAGGAGCUGUUUUAAAAAGGGUAGAGGUGAUCGGGAUGUAUAGGAAGAAGUUGCUUCGUCAUUUAGGAAACUUGAUUUUGGGUUAGGAACCAAAUUAGUUAAUGAAUAUGUUGUAAUCCUUUUGUACUUUGAUGUGGCAUAGGUUGAAAAUCUCGUCAAUUGCCUUGAGAUUCUUGAAUUUCUUGCUAGUGUGUAUUUAUAAGGUGAGGUAAGUAAAUUUGUGGUAAUGCCCUUGGAUUUUUAAGGUAAAUGUUUUAAAAGCAUAUUUGAGCUAUUUUUGAGAUGUUGGCGGGAUUUAACUCGAUUUUCAUUAGCACGAGCAUGAUUGGUUUAAAAUGAUAUUAUUUUAUUGAGUUGAACAUGCCUACAUGAAAUUUACUCGAUUGUUUUGAUGAUCUGAAGUUAGUUUGUGAAUUUUGAAUUUCCUAUAAACUAUGCAUGGUUUUGUCUCCAAUAUAAUCAUGAAUUAUGUUAUCCUGCUAGUGGGAGUUAAACACUAGCACAUGUCAACAUGUAUUUCUGUAGAAUCAGUUCAUCCAACCAGUGGGAGAGUACAUUGGCAUUUUCUGCUAUCCAGCUAGUGGGAGAGCACAUUGGUAUUUUUGUUAUCCAGCCAGUUGGGAGAAUACGUUGGCCAUGACUAAUUGAGAGGACCAUUAAAUAGAUUCCAGCAUG